AUGGUAUCUGGGGAAAUGUAUGGUUUGGAAUGGUGCAGGCAUAGACGAAUACCAACUAUUCAUAUGGCCCGAAUGAUUCAAAGGCGUGAACUUGGUGGCCGGAAACCAGGAACGCAUUUCUUUUAUGGCGCGCGACAAUUUUAUCAGUGUUUUCAUCCAAGUUGUAGUAUAUCAGGAGUUGAUAAGAAAAACUUAAUCAUUAGAAGAUUUUCACCGGAUGGACGUAAUCUCGUUUGUUUUUCCUCAAACUGUCAUAAUUUGUAUGUUUAUGAUUAUCGCGGUUUCACAAAUGCUUACAAUAAACAACCGGAAACCAUGUUUAAGGACGUUUUUUCGAAGCGUUUUGUAAUAAAUCUAGUAACUGAUGAUGAAGAAGGAGCUGCUUUGAACAAAGAAUUCGUUUUUUUUACAGAAGAUUGCCGUUAUCUACUGGUUGCUGCAGAAUAUCCUACAUCGGAAAACGCUCUAAGAUGGGAUGAUGUUUACCAGAAUAACGAGUCGCUUCCUCCGGUUUCAGUACAAGCGCUUAUAAAUUAUAUUAUUUAUUGUAUCGACAUGAAUACAGGUGAUAUCUGUGACAAAUAUUAUCUGGAUGCUGACCGACUUUGGAUAUCACGUGGCGUAACUCUGGUGGGACACCUCCUCGCUAUUCUUUCAUUUCAACAUCAAACAAUUCAUUUUCUGCAUAUUAACGAAGAUACCGGUUAUUUCACGGUGCUUGGCCACGUGGGACGGUAUUUAUUUGUUGACGAUGAGGAUCUUGUAAUGGCUGCUGAGAAAAGUCCAGAUAGCCCUACCACUGAUGUUGUUCUUAGUGGAGUGAAGCAACGAAUUUUGACAUACCUUUACCAUCGAUGUACAGAUUCAACUCAAGUUGACAAUUUUUUACAUACUUUCGCACAGUUUCGAUCACUGAGAAUGUGGCAAAUGCAGUUGGUCACUCCAAGUAUUAUAUUGAUCCGUUUUGUGAACGAAGAGGCGUUUGCUGCGACCCCAGGAAUUAGCAGCUAUCCGUUAUUACUCGUGCUGAUGGAUUGGCAAAGAGGUCAUGUUCUGGGUGCAUUCGAUCGCUAUUCAGCGAAUUUUUUGAAGUUGAUAGAAAAAUGUCAAGAAGAACUGAAGUAUGCUCAUGUUUCAACGAAUCGUUUUCCUUGCAGCAUUCAGCAUUGUCAACAAGCGUUGGUGGCCUAUCAGCGUAUGAAAGAUGCACUUACAGACGCUCGAGGAGGAUCUGAUAGGGAAACACGCAGACGUAUUAUAUGUCAGUUGCCUUAUUCAUUCAGUUAUAUUCCUGUAGAAACUCCAUAUUUGGAUCCAUCAAUGUUUCGCUUUGAUGAUCGAUUGAUAACACUUAUUGAACGCACCAAAUUAUCGGACAGUGAAGUGAUUAGGUUUUUCUCUCGUCUAACGUGUUUGCCAUUGUUCGAAAUGAACCUUAAUCAAGGUCGCUUUGUCCAGCUUCUUUUUCAUCCGACAGAUCCUUUCGCUAUUUCAAUUGAUCGCACACGGGGAUUUGGCACAGCUACUUUCCAUUUACCGCCAUUUAUUACACCAGACAAUCCAGCAUGA